AUCUUGUGGGCUCUUGUCAAGCAUGUGGUAGCAAACUUCACACUGGGAGCGAGCGGGACGUCUUUCCAGUGCACAGACCGGGGAAAUCUAUGGUGUUUUGGAAACGCAAGUGCGAGUCCCGCAGGUCUGAUGCUCACUCCGAUAGAUAGGGCCAACAUGACUUAUGAAUAUUACUAUGGCACAUCCGGGAUGGCACUUUGUAAAACUCAAAUCCCACUGCAAAAGAGUGAGAGCGAUCCGACCCGAACGUCGAUCUCCUUCAGCACUUCUUUCCGCUUCACCAUCGAACCUUCUAAUCCAAAUUUACGGGGCGACGGGAUGGCAUUUGUGAUGCUCAGUGAGGGUCGUCAAGGCAGUUAUGGAGGUACUUUCGGUGUCUUCGAUCCACGCGGACAUCAGAUCGCCAGGACACUGGCAAUCGAGUUUGACACGUUUGAAAAUUCGGAGUUCGGGGACGAAAACAUCAAUCAUGUGGGAGUGGACUUACAAGAUGUCAAUUCAACGUUAGCAAGAAGCGCCUGGGAGGUCACUAUAGAUCUUGCCGGAAAUUAUAGCAUAUACUCGUGGAUAGAUUACAACUCAUCGACUCAAAACCUGGAGGUGAGAAUCAGCAGUGACAACGCUAAGCCGUCUCUACCUUUUAUCUUCUACCCACUAAAUCUGUUCGACGUCUUCCAUCCAGACGAGCUAGUGUACGUCGGGUUUUCAGCAGCCAACGGAAUCUGUGAAUGUUUCAAUUUCUACACAGUCUAUGACUGGACUUUUUCAUAUGUUUCUGACCCUGAAGCCAUAGUUCAAGUAUCGCCUCCCAUUCUUCCAGCUUUGCCUCCGGAACCAGGCGGCGGAGGCAAAGUACAGGUUGCUUUGAUCGCUGGAGUCUCACUGGGUGUCGUGUUCUUAUUCUCAAUCCUGGUCAUCGUUGGACUGGUUAUUCGACAGAAGAAAUCGUAUCGUCCUGAAGGUAGGGAUAGGCCAGCUUUCAGUCUGGAUCGGGUGGACUUGGGGUUCAGCCUAGAGUUCAGCUUCGAACAGCUCUCCAUAGCAACCGAUCAUUUCAAAGAGGAAUCAAAGCUCGGUCAAGGAGCAUCCGGUGCUGUUUACCGCGGCCAAUUGCGCGAUACGGGACAGCUCGUGGCCGUGAAGAGAGUGAAUCCGGACUCAAAUCAGGGUCUCAAGGGGUUUUUGGCCGAGGUGUCGAUUAUCAGCCAGAUCCGCCACCGGAACAUCGUCAAGCUGCUGGGAUGGUACAACGAACGGGGCAACCUCCUGCUGGUGUACGAGCUCAUGCCCAACGGAAGCUUGGACAAGGCUCUUUUCCACCCGGCGAGUCCAGAAUUAGUUCUGCCGUGGAAGCUCAGGUUCAAAAUCAUCUCCGGUUCUGCAGACGCUCUAUAUUACCUGCACGAGGGCUGGCGGCAGCAGGUGAUUCAUCGGGACUUCAAGUCCAGCAAUAUCAUGCUGGAUCAGGACUUCAACGCCAUGCUGGGGGACUUUGGAUUGGCUCGGAUGGCGGAUCAUUCUCGGUAUCCUGCCACCACUCAGAUUGCCGGGACCUUCGGUUACAUAGCCCCCGAGGUAGCAGGCUCGGGGAAAUUCACCGACAAGACGGAUGUGUACGCCUUCGGGGCCGUGGCUUUGGAGAUUGCUUGUGGAAGACCGGCCUACCUUUUCAAGGGGCCGGUCAAGCAAACUUUCCUUGUGGAUUGGGUCUGGGAGAAGCUGGAUCGGGAACGCCUGUUUGAUGUCGUAGAUCCGAGACUGGGCGAGGAGUUCGAUGCAAAAGAGAUGAAAGUGCUUCUUCUCUUGGGCCUCUUGUGCUCUCAUCCCAACGCUGGCAGUCGGCCGACGAUGCGACAGGUGGUCGAGAUCUUGGGGGGUAGGGUGGCACUGCCUCCUGUUCCUUCGUCGAAACCGCGAGCUCAAUACGACGGCAAUGGCCCCCACCUUCACGUGGAUGCUCUUCAAUCCACGUCCUCGUGCUUUCACUCAUCGCUGACCUCGACCAGCAAGGAAAUGUCAUUACUUGCUAUGGAUCCACACCAGAGUAUGUGAACUGGUCGAGCAAGUCGCAAUCCUCGUGACGGGCAGAGCACGAGAUUUCGCGAUGUCUGGAUUUUCUUAUGAUGUAUUCACUCGUUUGAUGUCCUGAUGUACUGAGCACGAGUCCAGGUUCAUGACCGAGGCGCUUCAGUUUAGGGCAACCUGAAGCGCUCGCUCAUGAUUCUCGUGCUCUGCCGUCAUGAGAAUUCUGGAUUUCUUCAUGAUGUAUUCACUCGGAUGAUGUCCUGAUGUCCACAGCAUGUCCAUAGAGUCCACAUUCAUGGGUAAGCGCUUUAGGAGACCUGAAAACGCAAUGCUGAAGCGAAAAGUAUGACGAGAACACAUCAAGUCCCACACUCGUGAAACCAUGAGGGUAAGAAUGUGUGCUAGCCCCAAUAGCGUCUCGAUGGGCUGCACCAAAGAUGUACACUUCUCUCGAUCAAAAUGUAUACCAAAUGGGGUCAUAGAAAGAAGCACCCUUUACAUGCUCCGUAUAUUCUCUACACAAAGUGUAACGAUAACAAAGGUGUGUGAACUA